AUGAUUUUUUUUAGUGAAGUUGAAACAACUACAACAGAUAAUGUUCUCGAUUCAAGUUUGUUAUCAAUGUCAAAUUCAAAUAAAAGUCUUAAUAGAAGUUCAAGUAAUCCAGAUCUAUCACCAUCAUCAAUUAGUAACAAAUCAAUGUCAUCAUCAAUAUCAACAUUUAAUAGUACAAUUAAUGAUGAAGAUAAUGCAACAUUUGUUGUUAAAGUUUAUCGUAGUGAUCAAUCGUAUAAAUAUUUCCCUGUACUCAAAGAUACAACAGCUAAACAACUUGUGAUGCUAGCUAUAACUGAAUUCAGUAUUCUUGAUCAAAGCAGCCAUGUAUCUUCUUGUGAAGAGAUUGACCUAUUGCGACAUUAUUCAUUAUGUGAAAUAUCUGUUGAAAAUGGUGUUAUAAAACAAAAACGUUUAUCAGAUCAUAUUGAUAAUUUAUGUGAACGUUUACCAAUAAAUGCUCGUUAUUAUUUAAAAAAUAAUCAUUCAACUGAUACACUUGUACCAGAUCAUUUAACAAAUGAAUUUAUACGUGAAGCACGUAUUCAUUUUCUUCAAUUAGAUUCACUUGAAAUAUGUGCACAACUAACAUUAAGAGAUUUUGAAAUAUUUAAAUCUAUUCAACCAACAGAAUAUAUUGAUCAUAUAUUUAAAUUAAAAUCAUCUUAUGGUAUACCACAUCUCGAAAAAUUUCUUCGAUUACCUAAUAAAGAAAUGUAUUGGACUAUAACAGAAAUAAUACGUGAAACAAAUAUAAUGCAUCGAUCAAAAAUAAUUAAACAUUUUAUUAAAAUAGCAAAAUCUUGUAAAGAUGUAAAAAAUUUUAAUUCAAUGUUUUCAGUUAUUAGUGGACUUGAUCAUAAAGCUGUACAACGUUUACAAACGACAUGGGAACGUGUACCUGAAAAAUAUAAAAAAAUAUUUGAAGAAUUAAAAUCAUUACUUGAUUUAUCUCGAAAUAUGUGUGUUUAUCGAAAUUUAUUAAAAAGUGAAUUCAUUGGACCACCUAUUAUUCCUAUGUUUCCAGUAUGUAUGAAAGAUUUAACAUUUAUUCAUUUGGGAAAUCAAACAAAAGAUAAUGGCUUGGUUAAUUUUGAAAAACUUCGUAUGAUUGCAAAAGAAAUUCGUUAUAUAAUGAAUAUGUCAUCAUCACCAUAUGAUCUUUCAAAUAUGUUUGAUUCUUCAACAUCACAUUCACAAUUUUUUUCUAGUUUUGGUCAUCAAUCAACAACAGAUUCAGUUGGAACAAUGCGAAGAAAUCAAACGACUGUACGUUUAUCUGUUAUGACUAAUGCUAAACGAAUUUAUGAUGAAACAUUAAUGGUUAAAAAAGUUAAAACAUAUUUAAAUAAUGCUGAAAUAAUUGAAGAUGAAGAUCGUUUACUUGCAUUAACUCAUCCAUGUGAACCUGAUCGAGGAGAAAAUUUAUCACCAUGUACGCCAACACCUGGUGAACUUUCAUUGCUCAGUUUUGACGAGAAUUCAAUAUUCAAAGAAGACAAUGAUGCAAAGUCUAGUAUGACUAAUGGAAGUGACGAUACAACACAUACUGAACGUUCACGAUUACGGAUAAAGUCGUCGCCAAAAAAAUUCCAUUUUUUGAAAAAUCCCUUUCAUCAUCAUGUAACUACAAUUAAACGACGUCCAUCACCUUCAACAUCAAGUUUAUCAUCGAAUUCGUCUUGUGAUCGUCGUGGUGGUGCUAUACAAUUAACUAAAUUUGGUACACAAUCACCGGAUGAUGUUAAUAAAUUACUUCGUCUAUCAAAUAGUAGUCAUCAAAUAAAAUCUCGAGCACCAUUAAAACCAAAUUCUAAUUCAAGUUCAUCUAUUCUUCAAACGACAUCACCAUUAAUAAAUAAUGCAUUAACAACAACAGGACUUACAUCAGUUAAUGAAUUAAAUCAACAUCGUCGUCAACAUGUAACGAAAAUACGUGAUGCAAAUAAAUUAACAAGUGAAAGUUCAAGUUUAAAUUUUAAACCACCAUCAUCAACAUUCCAUGUUCGAUCGCAUGUUCAAUUCAAUCAAAAUAAUAAUAAUAAUAAUAAUAAUAAUAAUAAUAACAAUUUAUCUAAACAUAUUGAUUCAGGAAAUGAUAGUCUUCAUCUAAAAGAUACACAUAAUGCUGGUGAUAGAAGUGAAAAACUAACACAUAAUACUUUCACUGAUGAAUAUUCAUCGAAUAAAACUCGAAAUCAAACGAAAUCAAAGAUGCAUUAUAAUGAUAUUCCAAGACCUAUAACAAUACGUACUCGGAUGCAACGUUCGAAAUCUCAAAAUGAAGUAAAUACUAAUCCAGAAGAACCAACUGUUGAUUAUGAUGAUCAUGGACAAGUGACAGCAGUCUAA